GCGUUGUCGAAGUCAACUUUCCGUUUGCGUUGGGCUUCUCAACGCUAACGGAUAUCACGUGACAGUUGACUUACCCGUUGGAAAACGCGUUGUUGGUCGUCUCUGUUGACUAAAAAUUGUUGUGUUUUGAAUGUGACACCGCGUGCACAAUAUCAUUUAGAGGUUAGCUCAACGCUCUCAACUACCUCCUGAGACCGAUGACUUGUUGACUUCCGUUUGGUAAACAGUCCAGGACAUCGGGCAAUCCCAACGGAAGUCGAACAACGCCGAGCGUUGGGCAUCGGGUAAUUCCAUUGCCCAACGCUCCUCAACAGUUGACUUCGACAACGCAGCUCAUGUGCGGCAUCUCUUCAUUGAAUUUAUUCCGUCCGCGAUACCUCAGUGCCUCAUUCAUUAAUCAUCACUGUCGGCAAGCCGUUGUCCUCUCAGAUUGUUGUUAGUUUUUGCUAUCUGCACCAUUCACAUUUCAUUUCUUAAGUUCUGAAAUCAAGAAGUUUCGGGAGACGGUUCUGGACGUAGGUCAGGUAGGAAUAAAGAUUGUGAGCUCUGUAAUCUGAUACAAUGUCAGGAUCGAUUAACUUGGACCCACCCAAUUGUGAUUGCAGUAGUGCCUCUAUCGCUCAAGUGGAAGAUGCACAUUCGGAUGUUGCACAUUGUUGUUUGAAGCAAAGGUUCUGGUGGAUGUUGCACUCACAGACUUUGAGUGAUGUCUCUUUUAUUGUUGGCUCUGACUCUGAGGCAAAAACAUUCCAUGCACAUAAGAAUGUUCUCUCAGCUGGGAGCAGUGUCUUUCGAUCUAUGUUCAGUGGGAACUGGGCAGCUGAAUCGAGCAUAAGAGUGCCAGAUAUUGCACCUUCUGCAUUUUCCAUUUUACUCAGGUUCAUUUACACUGAUGAUGCUCCACUGACGGUUGAAAUAGCAAGCCAAGUUUUGUAUGCAGCCAAGAAAUAUGCAGUCUUUAUCCUUGAAAUGCAGUGCUCUGAGUUCCUUCAGAAGAACUUGUGCCCUAAUAAUGCUUUCACCAUAUUGGUGCAGGCGAAAUCAUUAAGCGAAAAGAGUUUGGCAGAGUCUUGUCUGGAUAUUAUAGAUGAAACUGCAGAGGUUGCUAUGUCAUGUGAAGAUUUUCUUGAAAUUGAUUUUCCUACUCUAUGCGAAGUCUUGAAGCGAGAUACCAUAAAAGUGAAGGAGACAGCUUUAUUUGAUGCUGCUGUUAGAUGGGCCACAGCUGAAUGCAGCAGAAAAGGUCUGGAGGUCACAAGGGAAAACCAAAGAUCACUGUUAGAAGGAGCAUUAUCGUUGAUACGUUAUCCUCUCAUGACUCAAAAAGAAUUUACAACCUCAGUUGCUGAAUCUGGAAUUAUAAAUAAUCAGGAUGUUUUGGAUAUGUAUUAUUAUUUCUCAGGUUGCUCAAAAGCUUCUUUUAAGUACAACACUACUCCUCGUUCUUCAAAAGAGCCAUUGAUAGCAAGCAGAUUUGAAUCCAUUAGUAAAGAUUUUAUGAUGUAUUCACGUACCUAUCAAAGCUUAAGAUUUUCCUUCAGUGAAAAUGUAAAGUUGCUGGGUUUUGGCCUUUACACUUGUGGCAGAGUUGAAAACUUCAAUUUACUUCUGUUUCUGUUUGAAAAUUCAAAACUAAUUCAUAAAGAGGAGUCUGUGCAGUUUGUGACAACUGGGCAUGAAAUACAUCGACAUUAUCUGAAAACUGCCAUCCCUGCUACGGCUGACGUGCGCUACUGCAUCCUCAUUCGAAGCAAAGUAAGAAAAUCAUACCUACUAUGAAUAAUUCAUAUUAUC